AUGGACAACGAUGAACGAACCUCAUCAACAUCGCUAUGCUUGCUAUAUUUAGCAAGAGGGAGAUCAGAAGUAUACUCUGGGAUAAGCAAAUACUCCUUCCCAGAUGAUUUCAUAUUUGGAGUAGCGACGUCCGCAUACCAAAUUGAGGGAGCAUGGAACGAAGAAGGUAAAGGAGAAAGCAUAUUUGACACAUUCAUCCACCUCCACCCUGAAUAUACUCCGGACCGUUCAAACGGCGAUGUGGCAGCGGACUCUUACCAUCACUACAUGGACGAUAUAGAGCUGAUCAAAAAACUUGGCGUCAGCCACUAUAGAAUGUCUAUUUCGUGGCCCAGAAUACUCCCAAAUGGCACUGCCGAUUACAUAAACUUAAAAGGCGUGAUGCACUACCGAAAAUUGUUUGUGGAGCUCUUAAAAGCAAACAUCAUUCCUGUAGUUACAAUUUACCACUGGGACAUACCUACUGCUCUAGAAGGCCUAGGCUUGUGGAAGAACACCACUCUUGUAGACUAUUUAGUGGACUACGCGCGAAUUUUAUUUCAUUUGUACGGAGAUCUUGUAAAAAUAUGGGUAACGAUCAACGAACCAGAUAUAGUUUGUGCUGAUGGUAUUAAGUUUAACAAAUAUCUUCCCGAAGAAGCGAGACAUGGUUUAAACGAAUACGUAUGUAUUCAUAACAUGUUACUAGCACAUGCUAGGGUUUAUCGUCUUUAUGAAAAGGAAUUUAAACCAUAUCAGAAUGGUAAAGUUGGUCUAUGCCUCGAUGUAAUUUGGCCUGAACCAAAAAAUCCCGGAAAUCCUGAAGAUUUAAAGGCUGGAGAAAUAUACUCACGAAUGCGUAUUGGAAUCUACGCCCAUCUAAUAUUCUCGGAAGAUGGUGAUUAUACUCCGUUUGUUCGCGAACGGGUUAAUAGUAAGAGUUACAAACAAGGAUACCUGCAAUCACGUCUGCCGUAUUAUACAAAGGCAGAGGUGAAAGCCCUUCAAGGUAGCGCUGAUUUCUUAGGAAUCAAUCACUAUACCUCAUUUUUGGCUUCCCAGUCAUCUUCAGAACCUUCUUGGGCAGUACCAUCAAUGGACCAGGAUACGGGAGUCAGGUUAGAUAAAACCAAAGCCUGGGCAAGACCCGGCGCUGACUGGUUAAGCGUAUACCCUCCCGGAAUGCGUAAAGUCCUCAACUGGUUACAAAAUAAUUUCAAACUACUGGAGCACAUACCAAUAAUAAUUACUGAAAAUGGCUUAUCCGAUUUUGGCCAAACAUUGGAUUACGAAAGAGUGUCUUAUUAUAACGAGUAUCUCUAUCAAAUUCUGUUGGCCAUACAUGAAGAUGGGUGCAAUAUCAAAGGCUAUUUUGCUUGGAGCCUACUUGACACGUUUGAGUGGAAUUAUGGCUAUACAGUAACAUUCGGCUUAUUCAAGGUGGAUUUCAAAAGUCCAAACAAGACGCGAACUCCUAAACUAUCUGCGUAUAACUACGCCAACAUUGUGCGCACGCGUCGUAUUGACUUCGACUUUAUUAAGGCGCCUGUAACCUACAAUAUAUGGCAAUACAUUGACUAUUAUUCUUCAAAACAAAAUUAUUAA